AUGCAGCACUGGCCUUUUCACUUUAUCAACCAAGACUCGAAUCCCGUUGUGGAGGUCGACUUCAAAGGUACGACUAGGCAUUUCACGUCCGAAGAGAUCUCUUCCAUGAUUCUUGCCAAGCUUCGUGAUGCCGGGAAGGCUUAUCUGGGUGAAUCUGUUACCGACGCCGUGAUAACAGUCCCUGCGUCUUUCAACGACUCCCAGCGGCAGACAACGAAAGACACCAGGCUCAUUGCUGGCCUCAACAUCCUCCGAAUCUUGAACGAGCCCACUGCCGCAGCGGUCGCCUAUGGCAUCAGCAAAGAAAUACCUGAAGAGCACCAGGUUCUGGUUUCGAUAUGGGCGGUGAAACUCUCGACGUCGAUCAAAGACGGAAUUUUUGCGGUUCAGGCCACCGCUGGUGGUACUCACCUUGGUGGCAAGGACUUUGACAUUUGCCUCGUAAAUCACUUUGCCCGCGAGUUCCAGCGUCAGCACAACAGGGACCUGACUACCGAUUCCCAGGCCCUGCAGCGCCUCCGCAUGGCCUGUGAGCGCGCCAAGCAAUCAUCGACAUCGACUCCCUUCUUGACGGGAUUGAUUUGA